UCAAUACGCUACAGAACACUGGCUCACAGGGUUCAUCAUGAUUUCCAGGCAGUAUGUGGCUUUGUUUCUCUGCUUUCUGCUACUGAUCCCUCUUUCUCUGGAUGCAGUCUUUCUAAAGCAGGAAGAGGCAAGCAACGUUUUGGAAAGACGAAGACGAGCCAACAGCUUCUUUGAAGAGAUAAAACUAGGGUCACUAGAGAGAGAAUGCAUAGAAGAAUUGUGCUCCUACGAGGAAGCAAGAGAGAUUUACGGUGAUCUUGAAAGAACAGAAGAGUUCUGGCACACCUAUUCCGACCCCAACCAGUGUGCCUCCAACCCCUGUCAGAAUGGUGGGAUUUGUGAUGACCAGUUCCAGGAUUAUGUUUGCCGCUGUCCUGUCGAAUACGAGGGCAAGAGCUGUGAAAAAGCUGUGGCUGACAAACUGAAGUGCAUUUUUGACAAUGGUGGCUGUGAGCAGUACUGUACUGACAAGCAGUCCAAAAUACGACUGUGCUUCUGUGAUGAUGAUUACACUUUAGCAAGUGAUGGCGUGUCCUGCAUCCCUCGAGUGAAAUACCCAUGUGGAAAAAUACCAGUGCUGGCAAAAAAAAGUUCAACUGCACAUGGGAGAAUAGUAGGUGGUUUCAUCUGUCCUCCAGGUGAAUGUCCAUGGCAAGCCCUUAUAAUACAGGAUCAGAGAGAAACGUGUGGUGGCACCCUGCUUUCCCCAGAGUGGGUGGUCACUGCGGCUCACUGCUUGGAGCACACUCACCCUAAACAGCUUCGGGUGAGACUGGGUGAACACAAAAUAAAUGUUGAUGAGAAAACUGAGCAAGAAAGUGGAGUCACCAGGAUGAUCAUUCAUGAAGAAUACAAGAAUGGACAGGUCAAUAAUGAUAUUGCCCUCUUGAACCUGGAAACACCCGUGAAUCUCACCGACUAUGUGGUGCCAAUAUGUUUGCCUGAGAAAAGGUUCGCUGUAUUUGAACUGUCCACCAUCAAGUUCUCCACAGUAAGUGGAUGGGGACGACUAAUAGAUGGAGGUGCCACCUCUUCUGUUCUGAUGAGAGUUGAUUUGCCACGUGUAAAGACACAAGAAUGUGAAAAGGAGACCGAUUUAAAUAUUACAGAGAAUAUGUUCUGUGCAGGAGACCUGUCUGGGGUUAAGGACUCCUGCAAGGGAGACAGUGGUGGUCCUCAUGCUACACAGUACAAGAACACUUGGUUUCUGACUGGGGUUGUCAGCUGGGGAAAGGGUUGUGCUGUUGAAGGCAGCUAUGGGGUUUACACAAGGGUAUCCAAAUACAUCGACUGGUUGAGGAAGCACAUGGACGAAAGCCAAGAAGACGGAGACCUGACGGACGGCUCUGGAAGCACUGAGGACGUGGCCUCCACCGUGCACUGCGAACUCCCCACAAGGAAGGGGAGACUGAGGCCAGUUGCAGGCGAGCGCCCGGCCGAGGUCACUGCUCCAAAGCGCGGAGCCAACAGUUACGCGGCUUCAGUCUCACCCCGCCCGAGGGGCCGAAGACUUCGGCUCCCGUCUCUCCCGUCCCUCCCGUCCCUCCCGUCGGUCCGUGCCGCCGGCGCGGGCCCGGGCGCGGCUUCGGCGGGCGCCGCCAUGGCCGGGUGCCUGCUGCUCCUCCUGCUCUGCUCCGCGCUGCCCGCCGAGCUCCGCGCUCAGGAAGACGUAUUCAUCAAGAAAGAAAAUGCUGACAAGUUCUUGGAAAGAACAAAACGUGCUAACUAUUUAUUAGAGGAAUUGAAGAAAGGGAAUAUUGAAAGAGAAUGCAAUGAGGAGCGCUGCUCAAAAGAAGAAGCAAGAGAAGCUUUUGAAGACCAGGAGAAAACUGAGGAAUUCUGGAACAUCUAUGUAGAUGGGAACCAGUGCAGUUCAAAUCCUUGUCACUAUGGUGGCCACUGUAAAGAUGGAAUUGGUUCCUACACUUGCACGUGCUUGGAUGGUUAUCAAGGCAAGAACUGUGAAUUUGUCAUACCAAAGUUCUGCAAAAUAAACAACGGGGACUGUGAGCAGUUCUGCAGCGUCCAAAGAGAUGGGCGGAAGGAUGUUUUGUGUUCCUGUGCAGAUGGGUAUGUUCUAGCAGAGGAUGGCAAACAGUGUGUUGCAACAGUAAAAUACCCUUGUGGAAAAGUCUCUGUGGUAAGGAAAAAAAGGUCUGUUCUUUCACCCACUGACCAUAGCAAUGGAACAAGUGAUCAAGAAGAUCCUCCUACAAACAUGAGUGCAGAGGAGGACUUUGCAAUUACCACAGAGAGCCCAACGCCUCCGCCUGACAACAGAACAAGUGGCAAGACUCCGUAUGUGGAUACCAGGAUAGUUGGUGGGGAUGAGUGUCUUCCUGGCCAAUGCCCAUGGCAGGCUGUUCUGUUAAACGAGGAAGGAGAAGAGUUUUGUGGUGGAACUAUUCUGAAUGAAAAUUUUAUUCUUACUGCAGCUCAUUGCAUAAACCAAACCAAAGAAAUCAAUGUUGUUGUUGGUGAAGUGGACAGAGAGAAGAAAGAGCAGUCUGAAUCAAUGCACACUGUGGACAAGAUACUUGUUCAUUCCAAAUUUAUUGCUGAGACUUACGAUAAUGACAUUGCCUUAUUAAAGCUGAAGGAACCUAUCAGGUUUUCAGAGUACGUCAUUCCAGCGUGUCUCCCCAAAGCAGACUUUGCUAAUGAAGUACUGAUGAACCAGAAAUCUGGGAGGGUUAGUGGCUUUGGGAGGGAAUUUGAAGGUGGGCGAACGUCAAAAAAACUGAAGGUGCUCGAAGUCCCCUAUGUCAAUAGGAACACUUGCAAGCAGUCCACUAACUUAGCCAUAACUGAGAACAUGUUCUGUGCUGGUUAUGACACAGAGCAAAAAGAUGCUUGCCAAGGGGACAGUGGUGGCCCCCAUGUGACCAGGUAUAAGGAUACUUAUUUUGUUACUGGAAUUGUUAGCUGGGGCGAAGGAUGUGCAAGGAAAGGCAAAUAUGGUGUCUAUACCAAACUGUCCCGGUUCUUGCGCUGGGUAAGAACAGUCAUGAGUUUGUAGUGGUGAUGUGUCCCUUGAUCCUUCUUGUUAGCUGCCAAGGUGCAGGAUAAGAAAUGGAAGCUUCCUUUUCCUGCAUAUCUGCUAAGUUUGUUUUGAGAUCUGGUUCCUUAAAGUUAUAUUCUGCUUCCAUUUGUAUUAUUCCUGGCUUUAAAGCACACAUCUGGAAUUGGUUGAAUGAGGGAAUUUCCCCAAGCAAAAAGGCUGCUGAGUGAGGUCUUUGGCUUCUUGGAAUUAUUUAUCAAUGUCCAUUUUCGUUCCUAUCUGUUGCUUUGAGUGCUCCUACCAGAGGCUCCUAAACAUGUUCUGAACAGUCACUAGUCAUGAUGAAAGCAGGAAGGAUGGGAGUCAGUUAAUCCUCAUAUUGCAACCAUCUGGCUCAGCAGGGAGUUUGUCCAUGCUGGAGAUGUUUAGCUUUUACCUUAAGAUUUGUUCAGAAGAUUAAGAAAGCAGGGGAUCUUGAAUGGCAAAAGCUGAGACUCAAUUAAUUAAUGUGAUACUAAAAAAUCACAGAUUCCACAAAAUGGCCUGCUCAGAUCACAGCAGCUCAUUAAAAGGGGGUUUUGUUUUAUAAGGAUUGUACUUCACUCUGGCUUAAUUUGUACACACUGCUCAUCAGAAAAAAUAUAUAGGCACAUUUACUAUUUUCUGUAUCUUGUUCUCCAUUGUGUAUGGCUAAGGAUUGGAAAACUCCUUUCAUGUGUAUGGCUCUAGAUGUUCCUGUUAAGUGCAAUAUUGAUGUAUACCAGCAUUUGAAAUAAACAGUUCUUUCUUUUUUGUU